AUGGAUGUCGCAACAAUCGAAGAGACCAACCGUAUUCGGUUGUCUCUGGGCAUGAAGCCACUCGAUGGGGAAGCCGCCAGCACUUUGGAGAGCCGGCAAGCGCAAGCCUACGACAACUACAAAAGCCACAUGGACGCCGAGGCCUCGAAGAAGCGUCGCGAAGCGAAGGUCGCUACAAUCCGAAAGGCCCGUGAAGCGGCUCAGCGAUUUGCACUCCUCGAAGGAAAGAGCCUGGGCGAAGCCGAUCAACAAGAAGACGUCGAUACGAAAUCUUGGCUGAUGGGCCAGAAAAAGCGUCAAAAGAAAAUCGAAAAGGCCCGAAAGCUGGAAGAGGAGCUGGCGGCAGCCGAGGCGGCCGCUGCCGAGGCUGUUCAGUACACUUCCAAAGAUCUCGCCGGCAUUCAGGUUGCGCAUGACACCUCGGCCUUUCUGGAAGGGAAUGAACAGAUCCUCACUCUCAAAGAUGCCACCAUUGAUGAAAACGAGGAAGCGGGCGAUGAGCUGGAGAAUGUCAACCUUCGAGAGGAUGAGAAACUCAGCGAAAGACUGGAGCUGCUGAAGAAACGGCCCGGUUACAACUUCGACGACGACGAGAUUGGUGACCGCAGCAUUCUGUCGCAGUAUGAUGAGGAGAUUUACGGGAAAAAGACGAAGAAAUUCACUCUCGACUCGGACGGGGCUAUUGCCGAGCUCUCAGACAUACUGAGCCAACCAGCGCACAAGACGAACAAUGCCCAGAAUUUCAGCCUCGACGACAUCGUCGGUGAUGCCCCUGCCUCGUCCGACUACCUGGCACCUUCUGAGAUCAAGGUCAAGAAGCCGAAAAAAAAGAAGUCGAAGAGCACGAGGCAAAAGCCGCUUGACCAAGAUGACAUUUUCCCCGUGGGACAGGUGGAAGCGGACGAAAAUGCCAUGGAAGUGGAUAGCGGUCAGGCUGUCAAGGCCAAGCCGAAAGCAAAUACGGAUGCGUUCGUGGACGACGACGACCUCCAAGCGACCCUGGCGGUUCAACGCAAAAGUGCCCUCAAGAAGCGCAAGAAAACCAGUCCAGAGGAUAUUGCGAGGCAACUCAAGGAGCAUGCGGAUGAGCCCGAGCAGGGAGAUGCCAGUCAGAAUAGGGGCCUCGUCAUUGGGGAGAUUUCGGAAUUCGUUGCCGCUCUCGACAAGAACGAGGAAGAUAAGCAAAACACAAAGAGACAAAAGAGGGCGACAAGCCAAGCGGGAACACAUAGCCAAGACGCUCACCGAGAUCAUCCUAUGGCCGAUGCCGACGAAGUCGAAGGCAGGAGAACCUCCCAUUCAAACGGAGUUACGGACUGGGCGGACACAGAUGCCCAAGAUAGUAGGAUUGAAGAGGAAAAGACUGUCGGCGAAGGCAUGGGUGCGGCGCUCGCCUUGCUGCGGGAGCGAGGUCUGAUUGAGGAGUCUCAGGGAGAUUCCUCCCAUCAAAGCCACCAUGCCCGCCAGGGGUUCCUGAAGCGAAAGCGGCAGCUUGAGGAAGAGUUGGACGAAAAGGCGCGGCAGCAACGUGAGCGGGACCGGACGAGCGGCAAGCUGGAACGCAUGUCGCGGGCGGACCGGGAGGAAUACGCACGGCAGCAAAACACAUGGCGCGACCAUCAACAUUCGCGAAAGAUGGCGGAGCUGAUCGAGUCCUCGUACAAGCCCAAUGUUCAGUUGCAAUACACGGACGACCACGGCCGGCAGCUCGACCAGAAGGAGGCGUUCAAACACCUCAGCCAUCAGUUCCACGGCAAGGGCAGCGGCAAGGGCAAGACGGAGAAGAAGCUCAAGCAGAUUGACGAGGAGAAACGGCGUGAAUCCCAGAGCCUCUUUGACGCAAGCCAGGGCGGUGGUAUGAGUGCGGCGACGUCGCAGCAGCUCAAGAAGCGCAGGGAGGCUGGCGUCCGUCUCGGUUGA